CGUGAGCGCAUUUGCGUUGCCAAGAUCGACACGAUGACGAGAUCGGUCGCUUGCCGCCGAGACAAGAGACGCCAUCCGAGCAAGCGCUGGUUCAUCCACUUCAUUUUGCGUGCUUUAAGCGGACUCGUGCUCUGGCGCGGCAUCGUGGGUCUGACGUGCUGCGAGUCGCCGGCCGUCGUCGUUCUCAGCGGCAGCGUCUACCAGCGUGGCGACAUCCUCUUCCUCGGCAACAGUGAGCCCAAGAUUGAUAUUGGCGACACUGUCGUCUUCACGGUAAAAGACCGGGACAUCCCGAUUGCCCACCGCGUGCUCCAAGUCCACACGCGCAACUCGGAUGGCGUCGACUUUUACUUGACCAAAGGCGACGACAACUCCGUGAACGAUCGCGGGCUCUACGCGCCAGGUCAGCUCUGGCUGCCCCGAGGCGAUAUUGUCGGCGUUGUGCGUGCCUCAAUUCCGUGCGUUGGCAUGACCGUAAUCUUCAUGAACGACUACCCACUCUUCAAGAUCCUCGCCAUUGGUCUCAUCGCCCGAACGAUCCAUGGCGCAGUAUCCUCGCGCGGGACUUUCCAUGCUUAUGGCGCGCUCUUCCUUCUCGCUGCUGGUCUUCUUUGUCAGUCGUGCGUCUAGUGACACGGCCAUUGCCUCUUUAUCUUGGCGAGUAGACUUCGACAUUUUAAGCCACUCGCUAGUUAUGAAUCAACGACAACAACGGGACUUGACAUGGUC